GCGAUUCAAAACAGGUCCUGUAAUAACCUACGUGACAGCACAGAGAAUGCACUCGGACUUUAUUUAGAACUAAUUUAACUAAAUUACACCAGGUUCAUCUGAAUGUUAAUAGAAUAAUGAGAUUACCUGUGGGAGUGUUAAGUAAACUGUUGGGUAAAACACGACUGGCCAGUGUCAGUACUUCAGUCAGUGUAUCGGACAGAUCUUGUGUGCGCAGUGUAGUUAGUGGGAAUGGGACGUGGAUAUGUAGCUCCUCUGCAGCAGUGUUAGAAGCUGUACAUGGACAUGUCGAGGUUCAGCACGACUUCAUCACUGAGGAAGAGGAGCAAGCUCUACUCACAGAACUGGAACCAGCACUGAAGAAAAAGAGAUAUGAAUUCGACCACUGGGACGAUGCCAUUCAUGGCUACAGAGAGACCGAGCGACUGCGCUGGGAAAGCACCUGCACAGAAGUGUUGGAUCGGGUCAGAGCAGUUGCUUUUGCGAGAGGCAGUGAACUUCUUGGGCCGGUCCACGUUCUGGACCUGGACAAGGCUGGCUACAUCAAACCUCAUGUUGAUAGUGAAAAGUUUUGUGGCAGCACUAUUGCUGGCCUCAGCCUGUUAUCUGGAAGUGUUAUGCGCCUGGUCCAGGUAGACAACUCUGCAAAUUGGGUGGACUUGCUGCUAAGUCGACGUUCCCUGUACAUAGUAAGGGAUGACGCCCGGUUCAGAUUUACCCAUGAGAUCCUAAAGGAUGAGGACUCCUUUUUUUCAGGACAGAGGGUGCCUCGGCAUAGACGCAUUUCUGUGAUCUGCCGAAACCUUCCCCCUUAGAUAAAGGAGUUCAUGCUUUUGUAAAGCUUGUUUAUGCUAAUGAACAAUAAAGCCUGUAGAAGAACAUAA